AUGGCGCUCGGUGCAGCAUGGGGCCGGGUGAAGAACGUGUGCCAGCAGAAUGGCCUCCUCAUCAUGUCCGUGAUGGCCGUGGUGGUCGGCUGCCUGCUGGGAUUCUUCCUGCGCUCCAAACACCUCUCAGAGCAGGAGGUGAAGUACUUCCAGUUCCCUGGAGAGCUGCUCAUGAGGAUGCUGAAGAUGCUCAUCCUGCCUCUUGUCGUCUCCAGUUUGAUGUCGGGUCUCGCAGCCCUGGAUGCCAAGUGCUCCAGUCGGCUGGGCAUCAUGACCAUCUCAUACUACCUGUGGACAACCUUUGUAGCCGUAGUUGUGGGCAUCGUCAUGGUCAUUAUCAUCCAUCCGGGCGGGGCAGCGCAGAAGGAGGACGCAGAGGACAGUGGAAAGCCAAUCAUGAGCUCAGCGGACGCGCUGCUGGACCUCAUCCGCAACAUGUUCCCUGCCAACUUAGUGCAAGCUACUUUCCAGCAGUAUCGCACCAAGAGCAUCCCCAUCUUGAAGCCCAGGCCUACAGUCAGCCAGGACCUGAUGGAGACCACCACCAGGCGGGUUUUCAUCUAUGGCAUCCAGGAUGACAACGGAACCGACAUCCAGAACUUUUCUCUGGACCUGACGCCACCUCCAGACGUGGUAUUCAGGACACUCCCGGGCACCAGCGACGGCAUGAACGUCCUGGGUAUCGUCAUCUUCUCAGCUACAAUGGGCAUCAUGCUGGGAAGAAUGGGACCCAAUGGUAGUGCCCUGGUCAACUUCUGUCAGAGUCUGAAUGAAGCUGUGCUGAAAAUUGUAGCCAUUGUUAUCUGGUAUUUCCCAUUUGGGAUUGUUUUCCUGGUGGCUGGGAAGAUCUUGGAGAUGGACGACCCCUCAGCCAUGGGGAAGAAGUUGGGCUUCUAUGCCAUCACUGUCGUCAUGGGACUGAUUCUCCACGGCCUCUUCAUCCUGCCUUCCAUGUACUUCUUCAUCACCAAGAAAAGCCCCAUAGUCUACAUCCGAGGCAUCCUGCAGGCUCUGCUCAUCUCACUAGCCACUUCAUCCAGCUCUGCCACACUGCCUAUCACCUUCAAGUGCCUCCUGGAGAACAACCAUAUCGACCGACGCAUCAUCCGCUUCGUGCUGCCUGUGGGUGCCACCAUAAACAUGGACGGCACGGCGCUCUACGAGGCCGUGGCGGCCAUCUUCAUCGCUCAGGUCAACAACUACGAGCUGGACUUUGGCCAGAUCAUCACCAUCAGCAUCACAGCCACGGCGGCCAGUAUCGGCGCUGCAGGAAUUCCUCAAGCCGGUUUGGUAACCAUGGUGAUUGUAUUGACCUCUGUGGGCCUACCCACAGAUGACAUCACGCUCAUUAUUGCCGUGGACUGGGCCCUAGACCGGUUCAGGACCAUGGUGAACGUGAUGGGUGACGCUCUGGCCACAGGGAUUAUGGCACACAUAUGUAGGAAAGACUUUAUCAAGGAGGGUGAAGAGGUAAGGAUCCCUCUCAUUUGUGAAACAAAGCCCAUGAUCAGUAUCCAGCAGAUGAUGUCCUACCAGAAAAACGGCUGCUUCCAGCCUCCUCCACCGGGCCCCCGAAAGCAGGAACCGCUCUCUCCGGACGUGGCCCGCCUCAUGCAGCUGGAGGAAGGCAUCAGGCCUGCCGAUAAGAAGAAAUCCUCGCACUUGUCGCCGCGUCACCAUAAGAGGGACAACAAGGACCAGGACCACUGCACCAUCGACAUGAACGGCCUGGAGACCAACGUCUAG